AUGCCGAAGCGCACGCUGGAGGGUGAUGCCGUUGUUCAAGACGACGUGCAAAGCGGCUGCGAUGAGGGGAACUGGUUUCAGGCAGAGAAGCAUCGCAGUGAGAUUCGAUCGUUCCUGCGUGGCCCGGGCAAUUCCGAGCGCUUUGCAAUGAUCGACCUGUUCGGUGCUUCCGGGCAGAUGUCCAAACGUUGGCGCAAAGCUGGGUGGGAUGCUUUCGCCUACGACAUCAAGACCUCCAAAGCACAUGAUGUCACCAGUGCAGACGGCUUUUGGGCACUCUGUUCCGCGGGAAAAAGGUUGAUGACGAAUGGCUUGAUAUUCGGAGGCCCGCCCUGCAGUCUGUACGUGUGGAUUUCCAAGUCAGUUCACAAGCGAAGCGAAGACAACGCAUUCGUCGGGGACACUGGACUUUACAAAGUCCGGAUGAGCAACCGCAUCGUGGCGAACAUGUGUGUCUUCCUUCAAGAGCUCUCGGAAUGCAAGGAUUUCUACACAGUCAUCGAGCAGCCGUCGUCUUCAGCCAUGUUCAAGAUGAAGGUCACGUCGUCCUUGGCCAAACAGCUGGAGAUGGAGCGUGUAUGGACUUGGAUGGGGUUGUUUGGGCACGAGCUGCCGAAAGCGACGAUUCUGACCGGCAACCUCCCUUCUUUGCCAACCCUCCGCCGCGUCCUGACGAACGCCAGCCGCAAGCAAAUCAAGAACAGGCAGAAAAAGACCGGCGGGGCAAAGUUCUACACAAGGGAUGCCGACGGAAAAGUGACAGGCAACAAAAGUCUUCAAAACACUGCCGCGUAUACAGCAGAGUUCUGCACGGCCGUGUACAAGGCUUGGGCAAAAGAUCUCAAGGCCAACUGA